AUGGCCCUGUGGACCGACCACCAGUGUGAAUCUCAGCACACAGUGGCAGAUUCAGCCCUGGAAAAAGCCAACGCUCGGCUUGAGUGCCUAUCAAAUGACGCGCGCAAGGCGGCGUGGGAACACGAUUGCCUCCUUUUAGCCAAGGACACGUCGGCAAUUGGAAAAGUUUUUCAUUCAUGUGAGAAGAGUGAGCGGGCUGAGCGCUUGAAGAAAAUCACGCACAUGAGGGCUGAGAACACGAUUGGGAGCAAUAUCGUGGAGGCCUUCAUGGGCAAGCAUGCAUGUCACAAAGCUGGGACUGAGAGCGACGUCUUGACCCUCGUGGACCAGCUCAUAGCAGCUCGCAAGCCUACAAGUGGACCUGCGCAAGGGCUGUUGGUUUGGGCUGACCUGACGAAAUUUGGACGAAUGGACAACAAGCAGCUGAACUUUGCCACUGCUGUCUUGGACAAGGUCCUUUCGAAGAAUCCAACGACUGCGGUUGGGAUUAUCUUGGCGCCCCACUUGGUGUCCGAAAAAGUAACUGGUGGCCUACGUGGAGAGAUCAGGAGAAUAGAAGACAAACUAGACUCUCGACGCUUGGGAAGCCAGCUUAUCACGCUGCGGAUGGAUGCGCCGCCCUCAUCAAAGAGGGUUUCUAUGAACAUGUGGGGCUGGCUGGUUUGGCAGGAGGAUUCUUGGUCGUCGAACAUGUUUCGCGAAUGCGAACUCGCCAUGCUGAGGAGCUUGUCGGACGUUCAAGAGGCAGCGCAGCUUCUUUCAGGGGAGCAUGUCCCAUCCAGUCUUUUGGGAGCUGUUCUGGGGAAAAUUCGCCUUGGUGGGGCUACUGUUGUCAACAUCACACCAUACGAUGCGUGGCUUGAGCGCGUAUGCCUGGACUGGCACAAGACCGAGCCCAUCAGAAUUUCCCACAUCAGCGUGAGUUUGAACGGUAACCUGAUCGACUAUGUUCAGAAAGUUUUGGCGCUGAAGUUGAUGGAGGCCUGGAAAAAGGGCGACCAUCCUAUGAGAGAUGAUGUGCGGCCUUACUGCCCAGAGCCCCCUGCCGCCGGUGACACAACUGAAAUCAAUCUUGGUGACUACGGUUUCAAGCUUGUCCAGGUAUCAGUGGACAACCGGAAAUCUGGCUGGGCAAAAUUCAGCUUCAAGCUUCCCCAAGCAGUCAGGGCUAUGUACCACAACGACGUGGUCUACGGUGCUGAGUGGCGAGCUUUGAUCAAGGACUUUGAUGACAGGUUCGACAAGAGCAGCCAGCAGCUGGUUGUGGCGCCUGCACCGCCACCACCCACAGAGCAAACUGUGCAACAGUUGACAUGGGAUGGAGAGCCUGCAACGGUGCAAGACCUCCUCAAUUGCUACAACAUGGAAUGCAAGUGCUUGGCAAGGUGGGGUGGAACGACCCUAUACUUGGUUGAUGCCAGGAACCGCAUGGGGAAAACUGAGUCUGUAGUGGAAGGACAAGCUUUCAAGCUUUUCAUGGAGACUAGUCUCAAUUGUCGUGCUUUGUUCAUGGGAAUUUCUGUGAUAUCUGUGAAGACCUGUGAAGCAGCCCAAUCUCUGCAAGCAUUGGGUAUUCAGAACCGCUUCUCUAAGGGUGCCCACCUCAACAUUCAGAUUCCCACAGAUGAGUUCGUGAUCGGUCAUGGGGCCUCUCGGUUCAUUUCUGACGUGAAGCUUGCCGACCUCAAGCGAAAGAACAAGUCAGGUAGGCCCCUGCUGAAUCUCCUUCUUCAUCCAACGGCAAAAGCUGCGGACAAGAGCAGAAAGAAACUACGACUGGAGGAUGCCAAGGAGGUAAGCACUUCCAAGCCUACGACUCUUCCUCUGACAGCUGCAGCAAGCACACCUGAGAACAAUCCAACCAUGACGCCUGCUGAUGUAGAGAAGCUUGAGGAUAAGGUCAAGUUAGCGCAGACCAGAGCCAAAGGUGAUGCCAAGCUUAGCCGACAGGAAUUUUUGCGUGAAAAGUCGACAGCCAAGACCCGUGAGACAAGUGCUCCAGACAGAGAGUCUGCUCUCAGGGCCACCAGCAAGCCCAAGGAUGCAGAUGGAAGGAGAGUACAUUUCGCUAAAGGUGCAAAUGGUGAAGCGGGAGUCCCAGAAAAAGACCCUCGCAAGGUUGUGGCUAAGAUGGAGAAAGGGACAGUUACUGAAGAAAAGGAGAAUAUGAAGGAAGCAGCGGUGAAGAACAGGAGUGUCAAGGCGAAGUCGGCUCCGAAAAGGAAGGCAGCUGCCAAAAAAGUGACCAAGAAGGCAGAAAUAAGAGAUGACGAGGAAUCCAACACCUUGGAUUCUGAAGAACACUUGAGCGACGAUCUUGAAAAUCUUGAGGAAUCAGAAUCAGCAGAAUCCGAAGUGGAAAAGGCUGAGGCACGCAAGAAGGUUGAAGAGAAGCAGAAGGCUCACGAACGGAAGAGAGUUCAGUUGGAGAGGGCUGAGGCACGCAAGAAGGUUGCAGAGAAGGAGAAAGCUGAGGAAAGGACGCGACUUCAGUUGGAGAAGGCUGAGGCACUGAGGAAGGAAGAGAAGGAGAAGGCUGACGAAAGGAAGAGGCUUCAGUUGGAGAAGGCUGAGGCGCGCAGGAAGGUUGAAGAGAAGAAGAAGACUGACGAAAGGCAGAGGCUUCAGUUGGAGAAGGCUGAGGCACGCAAGAAGGUUGCAGAGAAGGAUAAAGCUGAGGAAAGGAAGCGGCUUCAGUCGGAGAAGGCUGAGGCACUGAGGAAGGAAGAGAAGGAGAAGGCUGACGACAGGAAGAGACUUCAGUUGGAGAAGGCUGACGCAAGGCAGAGGCUUCAGUUGGAGAAGGCUGAGGCACGCAAGACAGUUGAAGAGAAGAAGAAGGCUGACGAAAGGCAGAGGCUUCAGUUGGAGAAGGCUGAGGCACGCAAGAAGGUUGAAGAGAAGAAGCACAGAGACGAACUGAAGAGGAUUCAGCUGGAGAAGGCUGAGACACUCAGAAGCUCUGAAGAGAAGGACAAGAAGGACAAUAAGGAGCGCGUGAAGCUUCAGAAGCGUAAGCACAUCGAGGUCCCAGAUGCUGAGAAGCCCAAGCCGGCUGGAAGCGAUCUUAGGACAAGACUUGAAAAGAGAGCCAGGACCAAGGUGGAACCAGCUGACGACCAAGAAACUGAUGCUGAAAGCGCUGAGAAAGACCAGGACGUGGACAUGGAGAGCAACAAUGAAGGCGCACGUGAUGAGUCCGACGCCAAAAGCGAGAUGGAUGACACGAAGGAAGAUGAUGACACGGACAGCGACCCGGAUGACAAGGCAAGGUCACAAAGUCAACCGAAACAUCUGAAAACCUGCUUGAAUGUGUGGUUCAUGGCCGACAUCCCCAUCUCUGUCCUCUGA